CCAGGCUGCCAAUUGAGUUUCGAAGUAAUUUCCUGCCGCGACUGGCAUACGCUUCAGAUAAACGCACGUCGGCCAGCGAGUUGGACGUGCCUCGGCUCUCGACAGAAAGGCAAGGAACUCGCAUCCGAAACCACAACCGAAACCCGCUUGUUCAUUCAUAAAUUCGCGACCGCGUCCUGAAAGGACAACGACAUCGCCAUCGCGUAGUAUAACGUGUGAGGUGUGUAGUGUAGGAGUGUGUUUGUGUGUGGCUGGCUGGCAGGAAAUAGCCAAAGCCAAGUGAUAGGGAAACACACAUAAUAAUUGCAAAGGACAACCAAUUUGGCUGAUGUCCAUUCAGUUUGCGGAGGCCAGGAGGCAGGAGGAGCUAAUGCACUCGCCCGGGAUAAAGUUGCACCGCCAUUAAGGAGGCUUCCUCGCAAGGAACAUAUGCAAAUGCCAGCUUGUUAACGACAAACGACAAAGUUGAAUGAUUGAGAUUGAAAAUGCAAAUUGCAUUGCCAGGCAACCGCAACUGACUUGCCGUUCCUCGCACCACCGCCAGCGGCCACACCGCCAGAGAGCUGCAAUCAAGUGCGCUGCCUGCACCACAAAUUAACCCACCGGCGGUGUCGGGUGUCGGGUGCCGAUCCACCGAUAAAGCGCCGGAAAUGACACAGUCACAAUGUAUCGCUGCAAAAAUUGGUUUUGUGCGCGCAGCAACAACAACAACUACGUCGAUGUGGCACUAAAUGAGCCACCAACAUCAGCAACAACAACAACUACGCCCAAUACUCGCAACAGCACCAGCAACAGCAACAGCAAUAACAACAACAACCGCAGCAGCAGCAAAAGCAAUCAACAAGCAAACGCCACCGCAGCAACUCACAGAGCAGUAACCACUUCAAACCACCCCAACCACCCGAUUCACCCCACCCACCCGAACCACCCGGCAAACGAUGAUUCCUCGCCACAGGCGCAUGUGGUCACCUUCCUGGAGGACGCGGGCGGAGCCAGCGGGAGCAACGGAGCCGUGACCACCAGCCGGCUGGUCACCACCGCCGAGCUGCACCAGGCCCACAUGCUCGAGCACCACUCGAACCUGGACGCCAUCGAGCAGGCCGACGACUUCAUCUACGGUCCGGGGGCAGGGCUCUCCUUGUGCGACGACAGCCUGCCGUCGGCCAAGAACUGCUACCGCCUCGUCAUGCUGGGCUCAUCACGCGCCGGCAAGUCCUCGAUUGUGGCACGUUUCCUGGGCAAUCGGUUCGAGGAGGCCUACACCCCGACCAUCGAGGAGUUCCACCGCAAAUUGUAUCGCAUACGGAAUGAGGUCUUUCAAUUGGAUAUUUUGGAUACUUCUGGCUAUCAUCCGUUUCCCGCAAUGCGUCGUUUGUCAUUUCUAACUGGGGAUCUCUUCAUCCUCGUCUUCAGCAUGGACUCGCGCGAGUCCUUCGAGGAGGUGGUGCGGCUCCGCGAGAACAUCCUGGAGACCAAGUGGGCGGCCCUCAAUCCGGGCUCCGGCUUCAAAAAGAAGAGUCUUCCCAAGAUACCGAUGAUACUGGCGGGCAACAAAUGUGAUCGGGAUUUCAAAACCGUGCAGGCGGACGAGGUGAUGGGCUACAUAGCCGGCCAGGACAACUGCUGCACCUUCGUGGAGUGCUCGGCCCGGCAGAACUACCGGAUCGAUGACCUCUUCUACGCCCUCUUCAUGGUCUCGAACCUGCCCCUGGAGAUGACCCCCAACCACCACCGCCGGCUGGUGUCCGUCUUCGGGGCACCGUCGCCCCUGCCGCCCCACGGAUCCGGGGUCGUGGGCGGGACCAAGAAGAACGCCCUCUCCAUAAAGAGGCGGUUCAGCGACGCCUGCGGCGUGGUCACCCCCAACGCCCGCCGGCCCAGCAUUCGCACGGACCUCAACCUGAUGCGGUCCAAGACGAUGGCCCUCAACGAGGGCGAGGGCGUGAGAGCGAGCUCGCGCUGGAACCGCUGCGUCCUGAUGUAGACGAGUCCUUGGAGGGCUUCGGGUCCCUGGCAGUGUGAUAGUAGUGCAGCGGACAGGUCCCGGGCCCGGGUCUCGGGGAAGGAGCAGCAAACUAAUUUUAAACGCAGCGUUUGGGUGAUUUCAAUUUUAUAGUGUACAUACUCGUUUAGAGGGCCGCGCGACAGGUGCUGAAAGUUGAAAGUAUUAUAAUGGAUUAAUUAUGCAUUUAGCACUUUAUCGCAAACUAUGGACAAAGGCAAUCGCAAUGGAAAGGGCUCUUGUUUUAAAACACACUCGAACAUAAUUAGCACCACUCUCCGCUGCCAGGCCAGCAUUGUCGGUCCAAUAUCCGAACUCCCCAUCCGCACUCGAUGUCAGUUAUUUGCUCUUCAGUUGCCAUUCAUUUUGAUUCUCGAUUCCGACUCAAUUGUGAAUGUUAUUGUGAUCGUUGUAAUUGCACCUUUACUUGACGCACUCGAACCAGAAACACACGAAACCAAAAGCCGAGGACAAUAAUGUUGAGCGUACUUGUUAUCCUUUAAUUUAAGAUUUAAUUGAUAGAGUUGUUUUGGCGUUAUUGUUAAUUGAAUUGUUGAGAGACCACCACUUCCGUUCUAUUGCCACUCUCUGUCUUUCGAAAACUUCGCAUAUCAGCCAAAACUGGAACCGAAACACACCGAACCGAAUCAAAACCCUUCUGAGGGAAUCUCGACCAAAUCUAGCAAACCGAACUAACUCUACUGGAACACUUGUACACCGAUCAAAUCUAAAGCCUAACUAUGGUUAACUAUAUAUUGCUAAAUGUAAAAAAAGGAAAAAACAAAAACUUAUAGCGUUAAACCGAAUUUAUCAGAACUGCUAUCGGGGGAGGUCCUGAAUCCUGUACGAUCUCCAGCGAGGGCAGCUCCGCAAGUUUAGCAAAUUCGAGUUUCAGUGUAACCCUAAGCAGCAGCAACAAUUUUCGCGAGUUUAACAUUUAUCAAGUAUUAUCGAUAGAGGAACUAACUACAAGAACUACUACAUGAACAUAUGCGUUUCAGCGCGGCUUGAAACCAAGACCAAGUACUACCCUAGCUAUACAAGAGGCAUAAAUGCCCACCUAAGCAGAUAUCUAUGAAGCAAGUUACUGAGAUUUCAAGCAUAUUUUAGGCAGUUAUCGUUAAUCUAAAACAAAGUGCAAAUAUUUACAAAUUUCGCGUUGGGCCAAAGUGCACGAAUAUAUCUAAACAUAACCGAAUAAAAUGAAACUCAAAUGAUUUACGAUUAAGAUUAACCUUUUUAAUGCUUUGGAUUUGCAUUAUUUAUUUACAUAAUAUGUAUAUUGAAAAUGAUUGAAUUACGAUUAAAUAAAAUUUAAAAAACAAA